AUGACGCCGCAUCUCUUCAUUUCAUUUCUUUGUUCUUUAUUGGAUGAUAUAACAAGUAUGACAAUAAAAUGAGCCUCCGGAAAAUAAAACUGAUAAAGUUCAAAUCAAAUGAAGUAUGAAUAAGAAAGUGCUUCUGCUUUUUGUUCUAAUUUUUAUUAUUGCUUUAGCAAUAACAGCAGGAGCAUCUUUCUUACUCUUCCGCAAAAAGAAGAGACCUGUUGAAGAUGAAUUAUUGGACGAAAUUAAGCGCAGAAUAAAUAAAUCUGCUGACCCGUGCAACGAUUUUUACGAGUAUGCCUGUGGUAAUUGGGCUUCUUACAAUUCUCCUCCCAGCGGAAGGACUUCGUACAAUGGCGAACUAAAAGUGGGUGUUAAUCGACGCACUCGUAAUUUCAGAUUGGGGAUGAUGUUUCGAAAGAAAUUCAUGAUGCUCUACUCAGUUUAGAUAAAGAAUGCGAAAGUUCAAGUUUGAGGAUGACCAAAGGCUACUACAGGUCUUGUCUUGAUCAGAAAAAAGCGGAUUCGGAUAAGGGGAAAUGGCUGUUUGAUUUGAUAAAUACGGGUUCUGCCGAGGGAGUUUAUAAAAAGUUGCCCUCAGGGGUCUUACAGUGGCCAUUGAUUCAACAUGAUUAUAAAUGGAAUGGAAUCUCGGUUGAAAAAAGAAUGGGUGAGUCUUCGGCCUUAUUUAAGCUGCGUUUACCUGAUUUCAGGACUUCUAAAAUCAGUUUUUGGAGUGGACACAUUACUUUAUUCAUACGUCCUUGGGAGUGAUAACAACUCGACGAAGAAUAUUCUGUGGCUCACUGGGAACAUGCUCCCUUUAGGAAUGAGUUCUCUUUAUCUCACCCAGCCAGAGUUUGAACGUAAGAAACAAUUGACCCACUCGGUUAUUGUACCCUAGAUGUUCGAAAAGCGUAUUCGUCGAUGCAGUUUGAAGUGGCACUGUUGUUGGCUAGAGAUGGCGGACAAAAAGGGGAAAUAAAACAAGAGGAUGUUGAUCGUUUACUGAAUUUCGAAGUAAAAGUAGCGAGAUUGAAACAGGAAAAUCACGAUGACGAUGGUGAUGAUGAAAUAACACUGGAAGAGUAUGCAGUAUAACGGUUAUAGGUACUUUUAGGUUGCAAAAACAAGUGCCCAAGUUCGAAUGGGCAGAAUAUUUCGAAGAGCUUUUGGAUGGAGACUCUUACAGAUUUCUUAAAAACAAAGCUAGGAUAAUUAAUAAUGCUGCGGAGUACAUUAACGCUGUGAGUUCCGACAAACUUGUUAACAUAGUCACAUGCUUGAUAUCUGUAAUAUAAUUGUCUCAGCUCCGUUCUCUGUUGGACACAACCGAUGAGAAGGAUGUGCAAAAUUAUUUGAUCUGGCGUCUUGUUUUGUCGCAAAUCAAUUACUUAUCAUUCGAAUACAAGACAGCUUACCAAAAGUUUCAAACAGUAUUGACUGGAAAUGAGAUUCGAGUGAACCAAACAGACAUCUGCCUUAAGGCCGUAAAAGGAAAUUAUGAAGUUCCAAGCCUUGGGAUUGGUGCUGCCGAAGCCUUAUUGAAAAAUGGAUUUAAUCAAGCAAUAGUUACAGUAAAUAAUAAUGCAAAAUAAUAAUGAUUAUUAGGAGACCGUUGAACUGACAAAACUUGUGGAAAGCGGGUUGAUGGCAUUGAUAAAUACAACUGGAUGGAUGGAUUCAGAGACAAAGGAAAAUGCGAUUACAAAAUUGAAUAAAGUGGAAAAUAUAAUCGGCUUUCCAGAUAUCCUCAGGAACAGUACGCAAAUCGACGAUUACUAUAAAGGUUGGAGGUUAAAAUAUUUUCUAAUGGUGAUUUAGAUCUCAAAAUGUCCUCUUCUUCUCCAUUUGGACUUCAGAAUCUUCUCCUCAAAUCAUGGGGAGUCCGUCAGAAUCUUCAGCGUCUCGCUCAGAUCAACACAAGAACUUAUUUUAGAGGAUCUCCAGUGCUAACUAAUGCCUGGUAUAUGAAUGAAGCCAAUUCGAUCACAAUUUCCCUAGGGGAAAUACAUCAUCCGGCAAUUGGGGAAGGUAAUUCGCUGUAAUUUUUAAUUGAAAUUUAUUUUAGGCUUCCCAAAUUGGGCUCGUUUUGGAGGUAUUGGGGCUCUAAUUGGACACGAAAUAAGUCAUGGAUUCUUCGACCCAAGAGGGGCUGAAUACGACGGGGAUGGAAAUAAAAACAACUGGUGGACCAAGGAAUCUGAGUGAGUAGUAAUAAUAUUCAACGUGUUUAAGUCGGACGAAUAUUUUAGAGAAAAAUUUAACAUCCAAAAACAAUGUCUUAUUGACCAAUUCGAUUCCUAUUGUUAUGACAACUCCACUUGUGUUAAUGGAAGGCUUACAUUAGCCGAAAAUGCAGCCGAUCUUGCUGGAUUAAAAGCUGCUUUUCAGGCGUUUGAGCACCUCGAAAACAACCAAAUAAUUGGAGAAUUUACGACUCGACAGGUAACUUGAGUUUUAUGGAUAAUCUUAAGAUUCUUAGUUGUUUUUCCUAUCCUACCCAAUAUACUUUUGCGGAAUUGGUUCCAACGCCGACCACAAAAAGGAGUAUACGGGGAUGCAUUCUCCGCUCAAAAUACGGGUGAAUGGAAUCUUGCGGAAUGUAAAAUCAUUCUCAUCGGCGUUUAAUUGCCCGAGGGAAUCUUAUAUGAACUUGGACAGAAAAUGUUUGUGA